AUGCGUCAAUGCGGUGACGGCGUUAAGGCUUUGCCGUUCCCGUCAGAUGGGGCAGUGACUCAUAAAAUGUGGUGGAUGGGGCAACUGCGUGCUGUGGUUGGGGGCUGCGUGGUGCAGGGCGUCUACAAAUACCUAAUAGAAUCGCGAAAAGUGGAGCUGAAGCAACUCGAGAAGGAACUCGAGGAUGGGCGCAAGGCUGUGGUGUAUGAAAUUCAACCCGCUUCAGCCGUUGAAGGAACCAUACGGCUGGUGGACGCGCCACCGGCAUCAUUAAUGCCUGUUAGUCUUCUCCAGGAUCAGCUGCUCAAGUGA